AUGGUAAAUACCAAGAAAAAUAUUCUAAUUUUACCGACAGGGUCUAGGUUAAAAUUAUCAGAUUCUUAUGGGCUUGACCAAUACAAGGGGGAAAUAAUAUGGACAAACGAAAGACAAGACUGUAGUAUAUCAGAAUACGACGUAUUAUAUGACGGACCAGCCUCCAUUGUCACUUCCGAAACCCAUAACAAUUAUAAAAUUGAUACGUACGUUGUAGAAACAACAUACAUAGCUUUUGCGCUAAAAAAAGUAUCUAUGACAUUCGCGUGCAAUAUCCCGGUCAUUCAAACUGAAAACAAUCAAUUACUAAUUAUAUCCCACAAAAUUUACGCAAACAGUUUCACUCCUAAACAAAUUCAACCCUUUAAUACUGACCUGCUAUCGUAUAUCAACACAAAAUUUGUAUAUCUGGAAUACACGAUAAAAAGAACAGUGACCAAGCUUUACGAAGACCUCAUAAAAAAACAAUGCAACUUUGAAAGACAGCUUCUCUUACAGAAACUCACCCUCGCUUCAUAUAGCCUUCCCGAAUUCGCAUACACCAUAGGAGAAGGACCCGGAUAUAUAGCUAUAAAAAACGGGGAAAUCAUAUAUCUCCAAAAAUGUAAACCUGUCAAUGUAGAGAUAUCUAUACAAACCUCAUGCUUCAACGAAUUACCGGUGCUUUAUAACAAUAGAACACUGUUCAUGACCCCAAAAUCACACAUACUUCAAACUUACGGAACGCAGAUUGACUGCAAUGAUAAUUUGCCACCCGCUUUCCAAAAAAAUGGAAAAUGGUUUUCAUUAACACCAAAGCCCCACAAAGUUAAUAAUCCACAAACACUAAAACCAGACACUGCACUAAGUUGGUCAUACGAAAGUUCAGAUAAUUUUAUGACGGCAGGCAUAUACACACCCGAUAUCAUGAAAGCACUCCAAAAUCCCUCAAGAAUCUGA